AUGUGGAAGGAACACCUUCUCCAACGUCAGACCGAGACAGAUGAAUAUUAUGCCGAUUUCCCAUUUUGUCCCUGGAAACAUGGCACCGAAGCUUGCGAGCAUAUCUUCGGAUGGAUGAGAGUAAUUUCACCUAAUUUUAGUGUUCUUGAUGCUCGUCUCAUGAUGCCGAAGAUUAUUGCGGUUGUCAAGAGCAUCAUGAGUGGCCGAAUGAAAAUGCCACCUUCGGAACACCUGCAUGCGGGGUAUCAAAUUGAUUUACAUGAAGAAAAUGCAGAUAAUCUUGAUCACCUUCGUGACUUUCCCUCAAAUGAAGAUAUAACAGAAGAUCUAAAAAUUGCUAAGAAACGUGCUCUCAGUUUGGCUGAUUUUUGCGGUAUGGUUGGAGUCGAGCUCAACAAUUUGGAUGUUGAUAUAGAAGGAAUUAUUAGCUCAACUGUCGACCAAAGUCAAGAACAGUUUCCAGAUAUUUCAACUAGUGCGGCGAAGGACUAUGAAAUUAACUAUGACUUUGAACGUGGCGAAUUUCCCGAGGACGUGGCUUUCAAAGCAGCAGCCAGGUUGACAAAGGAGCAGAACCUUCUAAAUGUUAUGCUUGAUCAAGUGCCGGAGAAUCUUGAUGACAAAGUGAUUAAAAUGCGGCAAUGUCGAUAUCAAACCUUCUCAACAGUAGUGACGAGCCUCACAAUUCAAAUGGACCUACUUCAGCAAUUGGCGAUGAAGCUUUGCUGA